GCCAGCUCCGGACGCGGUGGAGUUGGAAGCUUCCGCGGCUUCCUGCCAGGCGAACUGGGCCUUGAUGUCGUCCACGGCCCCGAGGACCACGGUCUGGGCCAGCUCGUACUUAUAGUACGAGUGAGGUACCGUAGGUACCUACCUACGGUACCUACGGUACGGUACCUACGGUACUCUAAUACAGUACCUACGGUACCUGUUUUUAAACAUCGACCAACGACUACUCAAAUACUUUUGCGUUUUUCACGCCGCGUACCAGCGUGGACAACACACACACGCGACAGCUGAUGGAGAUUCCGACGCCGGCGCCCCCGCGCGCGCCGACGCGCGCGUCGCCGCGGCUCGGCGGCUCGCCGCCGUCGUCGACGGCUGCGGCGGCAAGGCCGCGCGAGGCAGACGAGAAAAGAACGAAAGGGCCGUGGACGCCCGAAGAGGACGUCCGCUCGCAGCGUCGGUAUUUUUGGCCCCCCCGUCGAUCGCUCGCGCGCGCCCGACCCCUCGCGCGCCGCUCCCAGGCCAAAGUCAUCGAACUGGUGCGCGCGCACGGCGCCCGAAAGUGGUCCACGAUAGCUCAGCAACUGCCCGGGCGCAUCUCCAAGCAGUGCCGGGAGCGGUGGCACAACCACCUGAACCCCGCGAUCUCGAAGGACCCGUGGACGGAGAAAGAGGACAAGGAAAUUCUGCAUUCGCACGCGAGGCUGGGGAAUCGAUGGGCGGAGAUCGCCAAGUCGCUGAAGGGGCGGACCGACAACGCGAUAAAGAACCACUGGAACUCGUCGAUCAAGCGCAAGUACGAGCGGUUCCUCGAGGAGGCGAUGGAGGAGCUGGCCGUGCUUCACGCCGCGGCCCGGGACGCGGCGCUGGCGGCGAAGCGCGGGUCCGACGCGGCGCCCGAAACGACGGUCCGCGGCGCGCGCGUCGACGGCGCGUCGACGCCGUCCCCUCCUCGCCGCAGGCUCGAGGCGGCGGGCGUGCCGAUCGGCGAGCCGCAGGUCGAAGCGACCGCCGGCGUCCGGAGCGCGGGCCGGUGCGCGCCGUCGAUCGCCGCCCCGCAGGUGCCGCUCGAGAGCGACCAGUACCUCGUCGUCUGCGCGUCGCUAAAGACGUCGGCGCACGAGGCGCGGAAGGGCGACGCGCUCAAGCCGCCGCAGGCCAAGGUCGUGCGGCCGUUCUCGACCGACCUCGACGACACGCCGCGGUUCCGCCUCGUCGGCGACAACCUCGACGCCGCGGUCUACGCCGUCUGCCAGGCGCCCAAGAAGCGCAGCUACACGAAGCGGGCCGCGGGCGGGGCGUCCUCCAAGCGACGAACGACGGGCCAGAAGGCAGCUCUGGCGCGCGCGCCGCGCGGGAAGCGUCCGGGGUGCUCCGAGGUUCGCGGGGGCUUAGGGUGAGGGAUGAGGGUCGUCCCUCGCAGGCGCGGCCGACGCGCGUGUCCGUCGUCGGCGCGCCGACGCGCGUGUCCGUCGUCGGCGCCGCGACGGGCACGGUCGACGGCCCGCCGUUCCGCGACGAAGCGACUGGCCGCGCGCCGACGACGCUCGGUGGCGCCGCGCCGUCGCCGCGGCUCUCGCCGCCGCCGUACGCCCUGGACGACCCGUCGAUGAUGUCGCCGACGCAGCUGGACGCGGCGGCCGGCAUCUUUGCCGCGUCGAUGCUAGAGCCCGAGGGCCCGGAACCCCGGACGAGCUACGGCUCCGCCGCGUCGUCGCUCGGCGACGCCGACGCGCUCGUCGACCCGUACGAGGGCGCCGCGGACCCGCUCGCCGGGGGGCGCGGUCGGCGCGCGCGGCGACGGUUGCCGCGGCAGGCCACGGGCCUCAGCCUGGGCCUGGCCGACGUCCGCCUGGACCCGAGCGGCGCCCGCGACGACGUCUCGCCGACCGGUUCCGAAGCGGCGCGGUCGCUCGUCUCCAUGUCGUCGCCGUUCCCGCACGGCGGCGGCGCGUCCCGCGUCCACUCGCCGCCUUUCCCCGGCGUCCUAGAGGACCUCGGCGACGGGCUCGCGUGGUCGCCGCCGCCGCCCCCCGGGAACUUCUUCGACGCCGCCGGUCACCCAGCGGCGACUGCCGACCGCGGCGCCGCCUCCUCGCGGCGCGCGGCGCGGCUCUCGGGCAUCGACACGCCCGUCGCCGGCCGCGCGCCCGCCGGCGGCCCCGACGUGGCGACGCCGGGCCUGUCGCCGCUCCUCGGCGACGACGCGCUCGCGGCGUUGCAGAGCGCGCUCUCCGACGCCCCGCCGCAGUCCUCGGCCGCGCUUCGGCGCGCGACGCCGACGCGCGCGCUGCCGCCUGAGGCCUUCGCCACGCCGUCGGCGCUCAAGCGGCGCGGCGCCCCGACGGCGGCGGACACCAAGCCGCUCCCGGACGCCGCUUUCGACGGCGCCGUCCGCGCCGACGACGUCUUCGCGGCGCCGCCGCCCUCCGGCUCCUCCGUCGCCUCGCUCGACGUCCUCAAGGCCGCGCGCUCGCCGCAGGGGAAGUGCCCGCCCGCGCCGACGGAACCGUCGUUCAAGAAGACCCGCACGCGCCUCGCGGAGCGUCCCGUGAACGCGCGCCCCGCCGCCGACGCCUAGGGCCUCCUCCCUUUUUGCUUGGACUUUUUAGUGAGUGCGCACGGCUACACAGCGAGCAGAAUCGCCGCGAUGGGGACCGACCUCUGGUGGCUGAGUCGCUCCGGAGCGGGCCCCGGGCUAGGAC